GCAGGAUUUAAACUGGUCUACCUAACACCUUCUAAUCACUGAACAGAGAGCAGUGCUAGACAAACAGUCACCAGAGGAUCUGUUUUUUUUUCUUUUUUUUUCUCUCUUUACGGUACCUGUUUCUUACGAUAAGUAGCCUACUGCACUGCCAUUCGGACUAAAAUUUGAAAAUGAAUAUACCACUAAAGACCAUUCUGAUCUUCUGCUUGGUGGCUGCAACGACUGCACAAUCUACUACAGAUGUAACAAGCAGUUUCACAGCUGAGAGCACAGAUACUCCUACCAGCACAACUGAUGCCAUCACAGUCACCACAGAAGCUACUACAGAUGUAACAAGCAGUUUCACAGCUGAGAGCACAGAUACUCCUGCCAGCACAACUGAUGCCAUCACAGUCACCACAGAAGCUCCUGAGGAGACAAGUACUGGUACUUUUAACACAGACACAACAACUGAUUCUACAGAUGAUACUCCUGCCAGCACAACUGCUGCCACCACAACCACUACGACACAAGGUCCCUGUGAAUCAAGUCCUUGUAUUGGAGACAGUACCUGUGAAGAACGGUUUGGGGGCUUCUUUGCUUGCAUCUGCAGGCCUGGGCUUGUUUACUUGGAAAUGAGAGGCUGUAUUCAAAGUAAGGUCUUCCCAGGUAGUUUAUCUUUGGCAAGGGUUUAUAAUCCAAAUAUGGCUAACAAAAUGUCUGAAGAGUUUCAACAGAUAGCAGGUGAAAUUGAGAAGCAGCUCAGAAACUCCCUGGGUGAUGACAGUGGCUACAUUAAUUCCAUCGUUUUCAGUCUAAGUAGUGGCAGUGUAAUUGCAGAAGUGCAGAAUUUCUACGACUUGUCAUCCAGUGCCACAUCGGAUUCAGUUGGGAAGAAGAUUGAUGAUGCACUUUCUGAAAUUGAAAACGCCACUAAUUAUGAACGAGGCAGUAUGUGUGAUCUUGACAUUUGUGACAGUACCACCACCAAAGCCUGUGAAGAACAAGUGGCUAGUGGUACUGUAAGGUGUACUUGCAAAGAUGGGUUCAUCAGGUCACAAUUCACAUCACUUUUCUGCCAUCCUUGUCCGAAUGGGGAAAUGGCAGUGGGUGAAGACAGCUGUAAAAAGUGUUCUUUUGGUUUCGCUGGAUUUAAUUGCAAUGAUCCAUAUCUUUUGGUUGUGAUCGUGGUGUCCACUGUGUUGGGUGCAUUGCUGAUCAUCUUUAUUGUGGCCCUGAUAGUUGUAAACUGCAGGAAUCAAAAGGGAAGCUCCUCAUCCCAGGAAGAUUUUAGCUCAAGCUAUGGCAAUAAGGAAUUACAUAAACCUACCGGAGUUCCCAGGAUUCCUCGGGCCAACCCUGAUGCUGGCUGGAAGUCUAACAAUCUGGAGAUGACCGAUAGUGGGAGCAAUCAGGCACUGGUGACCAGAGAUCGCCCAGAGAGCAAAGCGCGCUACACUGAUUACGAUGAGGACGUGAGUAAUAGGGGUCAAGUUCCCCCAGCGUACUCCGGCUAUGGUGGGAGAGGAGUGGAAAAUGGUGGUGUCCACAACCCAUACUUUCGGCAAGAUGAUGACAGAAUGCGCAGAUAUUAACAUAAUUUAAUCAGGAAAAUCACUGCAUUUGUAUGAUUUUUCUUCAUCUU